AUGUCUUCAGACGAGAACAAAAAUUUUGAGCCUCUUGUUGUUCUUCAAUUUUCAUCUAAAACACCACUUGAAACUAAAGAGUGGGUCAUCAAGCGGCUAACCGCAAAUCAUAAUGAAGAUCAAGGUGCAGGUUUACUUGCUCGAUAUGAAACUAGUCCGGAGAGUGGUGAUAAUAUGAUUGUAAUUGGUGCUAAAUUGAGCCGUUUAUUAAUCGGAGCAGAAGAAUUGAGAAUAAAAAAGCGAUAUAAAAAUAAAGGCUUAACAGAAUUUCUUAUUUCGGAUAUUGACCAUUUUGAGAAUUCAGAAAAUCCGGAGAAUUUUUUACUUCAAUCGGAAAAACAAAGAAUUAUCUGGGAAGAAUUACAAACUUUACAUCCAAUGAGCAAUGAACAUUCCGUGCCUGGUGUACCAACUAAAAUGAUUUCGCCUAAGAACGAUACUCUUCUUGAUAUUCUUCAUAGUCUCAAUUUUAUUGCUAACGUAUUUCCUUUACACGAUAAAGACGAUAUAAAAUUAAUGGAACAUGAUUGGUUUAAAUCAAUACGUGCAAUGUUUGCACCACAAGAUAUUCAUCGAAUUCGCAAUUAUUUCGGUGAAAAUGUCGCGUUUUAUUUUGCAUUUUUGGAAUAUUAUACAUGGGCACUUGUGCCAACAGCAAUUUUGGGUUUCUUGAUCAAUUUUUGGCCAGUUUCAGACUUCUUUAAAUAUUCAUUGCUCUGCCUUUUUAAUGUUAUUUGGUGGACCGUAUUUAUGGAACUAUGGAAAAACUAUACAAAUAGACUUGCUUCUCAAUGGGGUACAUUAGAUGAAGAAAUGUUCGAACGACCUCGGUCACUUUAUUAUGGUGAACCACAACUUUCGCCGAUUACAAAAAAAGAAGAACCAUACUAUCCACUAUGGAAACAUCGAUUAAAAAAAUAUUUCAUUAGUUAUCCAUUGAUGAUGAUAUGUUUAAUUAUAUCAUUAACAAUUUAUUUUAAUUAUUGUCGAAUACAAAACAGAACAGAUGCAAAAUAUCCAUUCGACGGCUCGCUUACGUUUAUUCAAGUAAAAGCUAUGCGAAUGUUUCCAUCGAUUGGGUAUUCACUAUUGAUCGGUCAAGUAAACUUAAACUAUAGAAGAUUAGCAACGUUUUUAACAGAUAAUGAAAAUCAUCGUCUUCAAACAUCCUAUGAAAAUAAUUUAACAGCAAAAUUAUUUAUCUUCUUCUUUGUGAAUUGUUUUGCUGGUUUAUUUUAUCAGGCUUUUUUUAUGGCUAAUUAUGGAAAUGUAACACAAUUAUUAACAUCUAUGCUCAUUGUAAAUGUUGUUAUAUUGAAAUUUACGGAACAAAUAGGUCCGUACAUAUCUAAACGUUUUAAAAAAAAACAAUUAGCUGAGAGUGUACCAACUGAUGCUCACCUAAGCAAUUCUGUUAAACAAUUAAAAACAUUACUACCAUUUCAAGGAACCUAUGGCGAUUAUUUGACUAUAUUCGAACAAUAUGGUUAUGUAGCUUUAUUUUCAGCAGUAUUUCCUUGGAUAACAAUAUGUGCUGUAAUAAAUAAUUUUUAUGAACUUCGUGCUGAUGCUUUUAAAUAUUGUUAUGUUUAUCGACGUCCGUUUGCUCAACCAGCUUGGAAUAUUGGUAGUUGGCAUUCUGCAUUCGAUAUAUUAAGUUCAAUAGCAAUUGUUACUAAUACAGCAUUAAUUGCUAUGCAACCAUCCGUUCGUCACUAUUUCUCAUCAUAUAACGAUGUAGAAUAUAUUUUAAUUUUUGUUGCAGCAGAACACGUACUUUUAGCAAUAAAACUUGCGAUUGAUUUUGCUAUUCCUGAUGUACCAGCAGAAGUUGAAAUUGAACGAGUUAAAAAUCUUUAUGAAUCAAAUCAAGCUUUAAGAAGUCAACGUUCAAACAAAACAUUACAAGCUCAAAAAUCAAUAACCUCAAAACAUUAA